AUGAUCUCAGCGAGCCUCCCCGGCGAGGCGCUGGUCCAGCUGGGUCAGCUGCAGCUGAGCCACCUCUAUCAACCCCCGACAAUGACGCCGGAGUUCCUCGCCCCGCCGCCGCGCCCCUACCCGCGGUACGCGCCUCGGCGCCCGCGCGACCCGAUGCCCGCGCCGCCAGCACCCGCGCCCUUCCCUCCCGUGCCCAGCGCUUACCCGCCUUUCCUCGCACACCCCGCGUCCUACGCCUCCUACCUCUACCGAGCGCGCGCGCCGCAGCCUCCAGCGUAUCCUCUACGUCCGAGGCCAACCUCCGGCUUCGUCCCGCCGUCACCGGCGCCCCACUCCCCCCAUUCUCCACCAGUAUCCGCGCCGGCGCCGCAGCCUCCUCCUAGAGAGGAACCUCCAACGUCUCCUGAGCGGGGCGCGCCAGCUCCUUACUUCUGUCGGGGAGCACUAAUAAAACUUGAAGAUGGUACCUUGCGACGUGUGGAAGAAAUGCGUACAGAGGACUUUGUAAUGAGUGCCGAACGUACUGGAGACCUCGCGCUCACUCAGUGCACGUUACUGCGGCUCGACGAGCGCGGUGACCGCCUGGCACUGACCCUCACAUAUGACAGAAAUCGCUCACAGGUGGAAUUAGAAUCGACUGUGGAACAUCCAUUUUUCGUUUAUGGCCGUGGAUGGGCGUCGUGUAAACCGGAGCGUACUCUGGCGCGCUACGGAUUACGAGUGCAAAGGCUUCAAGUCGGAGAUGUGUGCGUAUCGUUGGUCGCACGCAAGCACACAACUCCUACGACAACAUCAAGCGUCGGAACGAGUGUCACAGCACCGCCACAAACGCAUCCAGAAAACCUCAGUGUAAAGGAGGACGCUCAUAAGCGACGCUGGUCCGCCUCCGACGUCGUGGAAGAAGGACCUCCUUUAAAAAAACGUUGAACGAUAACGACCGUCAUCGCUACAAAUUGAAUCUAGUUCACCGUUCGUUCUUACUUCAGGCCUCGCCUUGAAAAUCUGAACUGUUAUAUACUUAACGCGGAGUUCGGGACAGAUACCGUAGUAGCCCCAGCGCGUCGAUAUACAUUUGUACGAAGUGAUAUGAUGGUAACUUUUCCACGGCGAUCGGCAAUCCACAAUCGUACGCUUAAUAUUCUAUUCGGAACCUAGGUGCUUUUUUCUGUCAGGUGCUUCUAUACGCAUUUGUGUACAAUAUUGUAAAUAUAUAACUUAGGUCAACAUACACUAGCGUAAAAUGUCAAAGUUAUUGAACACCACACAAAAUGGAACUAACAAUAUAUUUUAACUGAUAAAAAAUGUGUAAAUGUCCUCAAAAACAUGUGUAUUGAAUUAAAUUUAAAAUGAGUAUGCGAAGGUCUACAACAUAUUGUUAACUUUAUAGAGGACUCGUAGGAUGUUGCUAGUUACAACGUGUGGUUAGACCGUUAAUAUAAUUACGCUAUACUUCUAAAGCUCUCGUUUAUGCUCAAUAGGUGCUAAUAAUUUUGCUACAAGAUACCUACAUAUAAGCGUAGUGGAUAUCUAUCCAAAUUUAAAAUGACUUAACCCAUGCAACCAAAGUUUUACAAAUAUUUGGAUAAAAGUUUAAAAAUCGGAGUCCAUUGUUAUGAAACAACAAACAUACAAUGCGCCUGUAAUAGCAAAAUCAAACUAAAUUGUGGUAAUUUUAAGUGAGUCAACUAAUUCUCAUGAGCACAAAAGAACACUUUACGAACCAGAACUUAAUGUAGGUUAGAUAUUGUGAUAACUUAUGAGAUUUAAAAUCUACCGUUAUAGCCAUGCAUGUUUUAGACAAAAGAAAAAGGUACAAUGAACACUGGGUCGUUAAUAGUCGCGAUGAGCUUAAAUAAUUAAAUGUAUUACUAUACUUUCGGUUUUCUGGAUCUUGUUUAACGAGCAGUCAUAUUGAUUUCAUUACUUCCAUGGUUGUGACGGCAGACAUAUCCACACGCAGUGUCGUUACCUUUUUGUUAUCUCGCUAGGAAGCGGGUGUACGUUCAUACAAACAUUAAUCCCUUAAUUUAGAUGUUAGGUAUUUCGGCGACUGUUGAUUCUUUGCUGAACUAAAUCUUUUGACAAAUAAUUUGAUGUUUAAUAUGAAUGUUGUUGAUACCAAUUAUAUAUUGUAUAAAGAAAUAUGUCUAAUGGUCAUGGUUUUUAGAUGCCAUCUCUAUUGGUUUUUGACGUCCAUGUGUGAUACACACAUAACUUUUCUAUGAGAAGAUGUAUACAUAAUAAACACACCGUCUGUGAUAUUUUGUAGUUAUUGGUCAGAAUAGGUAUGAAGUAUUGCUUGAUUAAAUAUAUAUAUAUGUAUUUAGAAUUAUAAGUGCGUUAUUGGUAAGGAAAUGUAUAGUUAUUGUAUACUCGAAAGUACUACGCAGAUUAA